ACUGACUUUUGGAAUUUAGGAACAGUGAAGACAGGAAGCAGAAGAAGAAAUAAUCAAGAAAACUUCCUUGGCUUCAGUAAGUACCUGGCUCAAAAUCAGAAAUAUUUACUUCAGUUUAAACUAGAAAGUUUGUCUUUCAAACAUUAUUUAAUGCUUGGAAUCGUUCACAUUUGAUUAAAAGACAUAGUUGAAAACUUUCCUUAUUUUCUUGGUUAGGUUUUUGUUUUGUUUUUUUUGGUUUUUUCCCCUGUAAAACCUCUUCAAGGCUCAAGCAAUGACACCAUCACAAUUGUUAAUUAUUUGGUAAACUGUGACUUCCUUGCAACAGAUGAGUUGUUAGUGACUCUUGUUCCUGUGUCCAUGACUAAUGUGUUAUCUGGACUGUUCUGGAAAAAACAAAAAAAAUCCGUGGACACUGUUGGUCUGAGUUGGGAACAGAAUGGCUGAGACAGAAGCAUUUUUAGCCGAUGGCAAUCAGGAGUUACUUCCCUGUGAAGUCUGUGGAAGACGCUUUGCAGCAGAUGUUCUGGAAAGACAUGGACCAAUAUGUAGGAAACUCUUCAACAAAAAGCGUAAACCUUUCAAUUCCCUGAAACAAAGAUUACAGGGCACUGACAUUCUCAUUGUGAGAACAGCUCCUCAGUCCAAGCAUCAACCUGUGAGGAGAUCUAACUGGAGACAACAACAUGAAGAUUUCAUUAAUGCAAUCCGUUCAGCCAAGCAGUCUACACUAGCCGUUAAAGAAGGCCGACCUCUCCCACCUCCACCUCCUCCAUCCAUCAACCCAGAUUAUAUUCAGUGCCCAUACUGUAUGAGGAGGUUUAAUGAAACCGCAGCCAGUCGGCAUAUUAAUUUCUGCAAGGAUCAGUCUUCUCGCCGAGUCUUUGAUCCAGCCCAGACAGCAGCCAAAAUGGCAUCCAGGGUGCAGAGGUGGAGGAGGGCUUGGAAACGAGGCAGUCGGAAGCUGUGGGAUUUGACCUGCGCAGGAGCGCUAUGGAGGAAGAGGCCAGUGUGAUCCAUGGGAGCCUUCAAAGAAGAGCAGCAUUUCUCCUUGAAUAUCAGAUGGGUUCACCAGCCUGGAGUGGGGGUUGGAGAGGAUAUUACACACAAAAUAUCCAGUUUGUGGCCUGAGGAGGGUCUGUGUGCGAGGGGGAAGGGGCAGGUGAGGGGGCAUCAGAUCCAGAAGGGCUUCCACUCGAGUCAGUUCAGAGAGGAGGAACAGAGGAAGUGGCGAGAUGCCCUCAAAUCUGAGGACCUCACACAGGAACUGGAAAGUCCCCCCCUGAACCCAGGAAGUCGUCCUCUCCACUUUCUCAACUUGUCCCUUCUUCCUGGCAUGCUUCUGCUAGCUCCCCUCUCUGCAGAUCGCCUUUCUUAGCUCUCCUGUCUGGUUGUGACCUGCCUCCUGUGUCAUUCUGUGGGCAGUGUCGACGGGUUGAAUAGUGCAGACUGGAGUGACACAAUUGGUGUUUUAGAAGGAUCACCUUUGCCACUAGUGGUCAGAUGGAUUGGCCACGGUUAGGAGUCCCAGCAACAGAUAAAGAAUGCGGGCCCAGAGAAAGAGGACUAACGGGUUGUAUGCAGAGGAAGAAUUUGAGAAUGGGGGGUCUGAGACGCCGAUUGGAUAUGGGCUAGAAGAGGAUCGGGGUUGACAAGGAUUUUAGCUUCGGAGCCUGAGAAGGUAGUAUACUAUACAUCUAGAUAAAGAAACACAGGAAGCAGGAGAUAGAUGUGUUGGUGGAGCAGGCAGGGUGGUUAUGAUAAAUAUAGUUGUAGAGAUUCAAUCUUUAUACCUGCAAUAGCAUGGGAGCAGUGCAGCGUGGAAGGAACCCAGAUUCUGCAAUCACUAGUUAGGGUUUGACUUUCAAUUCUUUAUUAUCCGUAGGUAAACUUAGACAAAUUCUUUGAGACUCACUUUAAUCUGUACCUUGCCACAUUGUUGCGAGGAUUAUAGACACCAUAAGCAAAGUGGCUUGCACAGACGUCUCCUCUGCCUUUCCUCUUUCCACGCUGCCCCACCCUCCUCCUCCUCUCUGGCCAUCCUCUCUUGUCAGUGGGACAGGCACCGCAAUCUGGGGGGUAUAUGAUGCUUUGGGCUUGAAUUCAACUGAGCUGGAAAAGUUUUCUUUCUUAAAAUUUCUUUUUUUUUUUUUUAAUUUUUUAAAAAGUUUAUUCAUUUAUUUUUGAGAGUGUGAGAGACAGUGAGCGCUAGUGGGGGAGGGGCAGAGAGAGAGAGAGCAAGAGAAUCCCAAGCAGGCUGUCAGCACAGAGUCCAGCGUGGGGCUUGAACCCACGAACAGUGAGAUCACGACCUGAGCCGGGACCAAGAGUCGGAUGGAUCCUCAACCGACCGAGCCCCCCGGGCACCCCGGAAAAGUUUUCUAAGUAAAACUCUACCUGUACCUUCUAAAGCAGGGAAGGACGCAUUACAUUUCUUCGAAAUGUUCUAACCAGUUCACGAAGUUCGUCACAUUAGUGGGGCCAAAGGGAGCCCAGGGAAGCAGCAAACGGAAGUGCUUUUUAUUCCUGAAGAAGGCCAGCUGGCCGUCCUGAGUGUAACCAGUGACUUGGCCCUGUUCCUCUCCUUGUUUUCCAGAACUAAGUGGUGAUUGGGAGCGCAGAAGAAAAAUUAGCUGCUUUCUGAGGAAACUCCCCGUAGAGUGUAUCUGAACAGCAGCCCUUGUUUGUCUUCUGCCAGCUUCGCCACUCAGGGGCCGGGCUAAUAGUGAGGCCCAUUCAGAGUGGAGCAAGACGGGAGGGGUCGUCUUACUUCUGAAGGGCUGUUAACAGCACAGCUGAAAUGUGUUUCUAUUUUAAACAUAAUCAACUUUAAAAAUGUGUUAUAGCCUUCACCAAAAGAGACCAGUACAGGCCUCUGGAAAUAGCUGUCUUUGUCUGCAUGGGGAUGAGCUGCCUGCUGUAGCCCCGAGGCUAUCCUUGCCCACGUGAGAACUCUCACUUGGAGUAGCAGGUUAUCUUUAUGCAGUAGUUGCCAUGGAGAUGUUGGGACCGGUAGCUAGGUAGGAAGCCCCCGAAGGACCUUCGGGUCCUUAUUCUGUAUUAAUGUAACUGUUCAGCUACCGCUGCGCGGCAGGGAGGGGCGUGGUGUGGUGAUGAUGGAAUUCUGUGUUUAAAACAUAUGCUGCCUGCCAACGUCUGUUUUUCUUCUCCGUUCGUGGAUUUAAAAACAAAAUCAUCCUCAAGUAAAAUGAACAACUAAAAUGUUCCAUAACUGUCCUUAUUGACAUUAAGUGAUUUCUUAUGUCUCCAUACAAUGAAUUUUACAGGAUUAACAUAUCACCACUCCCCUCAGGGGUUGAUUAUGGAGUGCAAGUGCCAAAACCCAGACGUGACUCUGAGAACCAACAGGAGGACAGGCGAACGAGGGUACAGGGUGUGCUUGUGUCCCCUCCCCGUGGGUGCAGCAUGUCCUGGAGCUGACCCCCAUCUGCUACUGGUUAAGUGGCAACAGCUUUACCUCCUGAGUGCUACCUGAGGUUACAGACUUGUUCCCCGUCUCUCUUGCUCUUC